AAACGGUUUGAAAUGACAUCGUCUCCGUCGGUGUUCAGCAGCGUUGCAAAAAGUCCACCCAGCUAUGAACCGUACCGAUUCGAGCUGUCGGACAAGUUUCGCCAGUUGGCUUUUGAGGAGCUGCGGGAGGAUGACGAUAUUCGCCAGCAGUCGUUGACCCAGAUGAGGGAAUGGAUCGCCAAGCACCCGUACAUAAGGAAGUGCCGAACAGAUGCUCCGUUCUUGCUGAGAUUUUUGCGGUUCAGGAAAUUCUCGGUGCCGCAGGCUCAGGAAGCCCUGGAACGAUAUCUGGCCUUAAGGCAAACGUUUCCCGAAUGGUUUCAGAAGCUGGAUCCACGUGAUGCGGUCAUGCGAAUACCGAUGAUGGAUGAAGUGUUUACGGUUUUAGGACGAGAUGAAGUUUGUCGCACGGUUGUUUUUAUUCGCUAUGGGUUGUUUGAUGUGGAAAAGCUGACUCCGAUGGCCAUGUUUCGGUACACGAUGAUGUUCAUUGAGGUGUUGCUGGAUGACGAAGAGGUGCAGAUCGGUGGGUUUAGAGUUUGGGUGGAUUACACCGAAAGUGUGAUGAAACAUUACGGAAUGUGGGGUAUUGGUGAUUUGAAACUGCUGAUGGAUGCGGUGAACAAGACAAUGCCCAUCAGGAUACGAGAAAUUCAGGGAGCCAAGUUGCCAAAGUUUGCUGUCACCAUCGCCAACCUGUUGUUGUCCUUUGCGAGUUCAAAGUUGAGAGAUCGAGUUGUGUGUCACAACACGGUGUUGGAAUCGAAGAAAUACUUCGAUCAAACCCUCUGGCCGAAGCAGUACGGUGGACCUCAUGACACAACGGAGAAGGCCAAAGAGCUGGAACAGCUCCUGGAGGAGAAGCGUGACCGUAUUCUGGCCCUUGAUGAUCUGGAAAUCGACAUUGAACACUACAAAUUACUGUGGGGACAAGCGAACCAAAAUCCAAACAGUAACAUCGACGGCGGCAUUGCUGGCUGUUUUCGAAAGCUGAAUGUAGAUUAAUACUAACUAUAAAAAAAAAACUAUAGGCAUUUAAGAGGGUAACAUAGAACAGUCCGAGCAGCAGUCAUUAUAAAC